AUGACUAGUCUGGAUACUAGCCUUGCACAGUUAGGACAUCAGCCUGUACCUGUAGCAACCAAACCUUCAGUGGCUGAGCCUGAUUCGGAGCCGAAAGAAUCACAGGCAGGGUAUGAUCCGAUGGAUAUGGAUCUAGGUGCAGUGCUAGAGGAGGAACCCGAAGAAGAACCUGAGGAGGACCCAGAGGACGAACCUGAGGAGGCAUCAGAGGAAGAACCAGAAGAAGCUUCAGAGGUAGAACCAGAGGAUGAGCUAGAGGAAGAGCCAGAAGAGGAGUCUGAAGAGGAGGAGCGGAUUGAGGUUCCGUUAGAGUCGACAUGUGAAAGCGUGGCACAACACACCGGCUAUGAUGAGCCAGAGGACGACGCUACAUUGAAUCAAAACCAGAGGAAUGCCUUGGAGAAAGUUCGAGCAAAAGAUCAAUAUGCCUUGUCAAUCAUCUAUCAAGCUUUAGAUGAUUCAAUGUUCGAGAAGGUGUUGAAUGCUACUACUUCUAUGAAAGCAUGGGAGAUUCUUCACAACAUACACCAAUCAGUGCAAAAAGUUCAGAAGAUUCACCUUCAAACUUUGAGAGUUGAAUUCGAGGCAAUCCGUAUGAGAGAAUCUGAAUCGAUUACUGAUUAUUUCACAAGAGUGUUGGCAAUUGUCAACUGA